AACGCGGGCGUGCCUGGAAGCCGGAAACAAAAGUGGGUGCGCGUGCACGCACACCGUCCCGCGGCCGCCGGAAGCCGGGGCUGGCGCGCGCGCACGCGAGUGCGCAGAGCCGGAAGCGGGCCUGCGCGGCCCGGGAGGCCGUGGGCCAUGGAGGGUCGGGCUGCAGGGCUGCCGCGGGAGGGGCCGGCGGAAGAGGCCGAGGCGCAGGGCGCCGCCUGGAGCGGAGACAGCGGUACGGUGUCCCAGAGCCACAGCAGCGCCUCGGGGCCGUGGGAGGACGAGGGCGCGGAGGACGGCGCGCCGGUCCGGGACCUGCCGCUGCUGCGCCGCGCCGCCGCGGGCUACGCCGCCUGCCUGCUGCCCGGGGCCGGGGCGCGGCCCGAGGUCGAGGCCCUGGACUCUAGUCUCGAAGAGCUGCUCACCAGAGUGGACGAGUUCGUGGGCAUGCUGGACAUGAUUCGCGGCGACUCGUCGCACGUCGUCAGUGAGGGGGUGCCUCGUAUUUACGCGAAGGCGGCGGAGAUGAGGCAGAUCUACGGCAGGAUCGACAAGCUGGAGGCCUUCGUGAGGAUGAUCGGCAACAGCGUGGCCAGGAUGGAGGAACAAGUGACCAAAGCCGAAGCCGAGGUGGGGGCUUUCCCCAGGGCCUUCAAAAAACUCCUGCACACAAUGAACGUGUCCUCCCUCUUUAACAAGUCGUCCCCCUCCAGGCUGCAACAAACGGGCUACGAACCCCCCGUCCUGUUUAGGACGGAAGACUACUUCCCUUGCUGCAGUGAAAAACCUCAGCUCUGAGUGGUCUCACCAGUCCUGCAAGAGGACCCGGCUGAGAUUCUUAUCUCAACCAUUAAGUUAAUUAAAAUCCUAUUAAUAGGCACAUAUGAUGUUGGAGCACGAAAUUUUUAGUUUCCUUUCUGCAAACCUUGCUUCGUAGUAUAUUCAUUAUUCCACAUAGAAUGUAUAGAUUUUGUAUGUCUUCCUAUUUUUUUUAUUAAUAGAGCCAGAGUCUCGCUGUGUUGCUCAGGCUGGCUUCCAACUCCUGGGCUGAAGUGAUCCUCUGGCCUAAGCCUCCUGAGUAGCUGGGACUACUGGUGCACCCUACCCAGCUUGUCUUUCAGUUCUAACCUGAAAGCUGCUUGGUGAGGGUAAGGGGCAACAAAAUGAAAGUGGGGCCGAACUGUUAUUUUUAUGGAUUUUACUACUCAACUAACAGUAUUACCUUUUCGAGAUUUAUAUUGUUUAUAUAAUAAGAAAAACAAGCCGUUAAAGCCUUGUUGUUCAAUCCUAGUAGUCAUUCAAUUUUCUAUGACCUACUUUUAGGGUAAAUGGCACAUUAUUUAGCAUCAUAUUAAACUUUACACAGCAUGUAUUGUAAACUGAAGGAAAUUAUACAAAUUCUGAGAAAAUAUACUGAAUUUUUGCAACUAACUCUAAGUUGUAUUUGAAAGUAUGACCUCACAGUCUUAGUUUGUGUCCAUAGCAAACGUCUGUAUGUGGUUGCCAAUGUUAGGUUUAUAAUGAUAAAAAUUUUGAAUUUUAUUGGAAAAGUUUUACUCCUGAAAAGAACUUUAUAUAUUUCUCUUCCGUUUGUUUGAAAACAGAUAUAUUGCUCAUACGAUUUGAGUAGUAAGGUAAAAGUGGUUUAGGAGUACCUCCUUUAGAAGGCUGAUGAGAAAAACUAACCAUAGCUAUUUCACAGCAUUGUAUGUUUCUUUUCCCUGGAAAUGGACAGUUGAGUCAUUUAUGUGAGUAUUAGGACUUUUUUCUUUCACUCUGACAACAUGGAAAGUUAAUGGUCCCUUGCAGAUACAACAAGCUUUGAUCUAGAUUUCAAUCUGUUUUAUAAGGGUCCUAGGUAAUAGACCCCAAAUAAACAUACAGCUUAGGUUGC